AUGCCACCAAAACGGCGCUCCGCACCCUCUUCCUCCGCAACGAAGAGAACGCGUCAGUCCAAACUUGCCAAAGAGAACGAUAUCACCGGUGAUGAAGAGGCGGAAAUUAAAGAAGCGUUUCAUCUCUUCUCUACCAAAAGCGACGAGUAUCCCGCUGAGAAAGAAGGCGUAAUUAAAACCCAAGAUGUCCGUCGCGCACUGAUAUCCCUCGGCCUCCCACCCACAGAUCAAAAAGAGCUAGCCUCCAUCCUCUCCGCCGUCGACCCCACCUCCACCGGCCUAGUAACCUACGAACCAUUCCUCUCCGUCUGUGCCCUGAAACUGCACUCGCGCAGCGACGACGCCAUCGCUGCCGAAGUCGAGCAUGCGUAUAGACUGUUCACACGCGGGACUGCGGGACCCAUAUCCGUGGCGCAUUUGAGAAGGGUGGCGAGGGAUUUGAAGGAGGAUGUCAGUGAGGACUUGUUAAGGGAUAUGGUAAGGGAGGCGAAUGGUGGGGAUGGGCUGCAUGCUGGUGUCUCGCUAGAGCAGUUUAGGGAGGUUAUGGUGAGGGCGGGGGUGUUUUGA